AGGAUGGUAGGUAAGGCAGUUGAAUUUAUCAAGAUGGGUCCAGAAAAGUUGGCCACCUGCCUAUCAGGUAUAGGAUAGUUAGGAUCUGAGAAACCGGAAGCUACCGGAGAUGUGCAAGGAAGGGUUAAUGUACCCCAAUCACAAGAAAGGCAACCAUUUAUAAUGUGAGAAUUUAAAAUCGAUAAACAUUUUAAAUGCCGCCUACGAAGUAAUAUCCCAUAUCAUCUUUCGUCUUCUGUCGUCUAAAAUGAAUGAGUUCCUGAGAAGUUAUCACGAACGGCUUCACCGUACGGUAAUUCUUCCAGAACACCAGGUCCCACCGCAUCACUUGUUCAUCGACUUCAUGGCUACAUCAUGGGCUUCAUACGACAGUAUCAACCGCACUUCCUGAAUCCUGGUAAGCUGAUCAGAUUAAUAAAAGCAGCGAUUACUUUCCAUAACUUCCCUCAGUAUGGGAGUUGGUACUUUUCCAUUCUCUGCUGCAUUGGUGUGUAGUUCCCUCCGUUGUCGCGAUUUGGCGUGCCUAUGAGUUCCACGCCAUUCAGGUGCUCAUCUGCUUCCACUUUUCGAUCGCCGCACGUCCUGCAAUCGAGAGGCUUCUGUCCUCAUCCCUGCAUAUUUCGGCUCGUGACACGAAGUCGAAGGACUUCCGUGUUUCAUGGGAACGGCACAGGCUUCCCCCCCCGGAAGAAACGGGUCUGCUGUUUUCGCUUCUAUUUGUAACGUUUCUCGUUCUGCCGGGUUCCUUGCAGCAGCACAACCGCCCGCUCUGCGUUCUUCUCUUCCAAAAUCGCUCUGCACUUCUCGUCGAACCAUUCGUUUUGUUGACUCCUUUCCACAUACCCGGUGCUUCUUUCCACAUAUGAGGUGCAUCCAAUUGCAUCAGUCCCUCUAGGUUGUACCUACCGUGGCGGUUCCCGGAACCGUACAUUGUUGACGGGAAGUUUUGGGCGCAGCUUGACCAUCAUCACAUAGUGGUAGGAGUCGAUGUUAGCGCCAGAUUGGUCGACUAUGUCGGAGAAGUGUCGUCCGUCAGUCAGAACGUGGUGGAUAUGCGAAUCCGUCUGCUAUGAUGAUCCCCAGGUGUAACGAUAAAAGAGACUGUGUGGGAAAAAAUGCUACGUAGGAGGCGGCGAAAUCAAUGAGUCGAAUUUGACUUGUCGUCACUAAAUUCCAGAUAACACGUGAUACCGAGGACAUUUUACUCACAAUUCCAACACAUGCCAAAACACAACCGGGAGCACCUUUCGCUUCCUCCCAGCUGAUCAAAAUAUCAGUUUCAAAUUUGUUUACUUUUCGGUUGUCUGUCAUUGGAUAUUAUAGCUCUCGCAUACCCUGCAGUCAAUCAGCCACAGCCAGCCAGCAGCACACGACCAACCAACCACUGUCAAACUGUCGCCUGUCAGCAAAGUCAAACAUAUUUCGGUGCCGCAAAAAAAAACUGCUCUAAUGUCGAUGAAAUCGUUUUAUUAGCUUCCAUUACGAUGCUUUUACGAUCGGGAUGCUGUUGGCUGUUCGAUUCUCGGGCUAGGGUUCCCGGAAAAUGUUAAAUACACAAGGCUCAACUUGAAUGAACGAUCAAACCAUUUUUCAAUAGCACUGUCAACCCUAGCAGAACGAACGGCUGCUGGCUGGGAAUGGCCAGCUCAUGCUACAGCAGCAGAUUCGCCCGAUUCGUUCUCAUUUUCAAGUGGUUUUUGCCCCAGAACAUAUGGGAUUUGUUUCUGGGCGCCACCAGAAGUCACUGAGAAUGCAUAGAACGACGAAACGGAGACGCGACGCGACGGUGGUGGCGGGUGUGCACUUGUCCUCCGAAGGCAACGUGCCGGGUCGGCUGUAAGCGCCGCCGCGCGAAGGAGAGUAAAAACUCAAAUUGCUCAAUUUUCCACUGGUCGAUGUUCAAGUGGUUGGUUGCUGGUUGGAAGACAGCGACAAAUUGCCGGGAUGUGGUUGGGUCUCUUUCGCUCUGGGACGGCCCUCUGGAAAUGCUAGACUUUCAUCGAUGCACUAUAUGGAAACGAAUUGUUGGGGGAGGUUUUCCCAGUGUAAUACUGUUCAGUCAUUCGGAUGAGCUUUCGUCGGUUGGAUGUCGAAUCGGUUGGAGAGUUUUUUUUUUUGUACAAUUGGGAUCUUCAUCCUUUGGGGGACUGAUAGCGGGAAAUGUUCCAAGUGGGCACUUGACAAAAGUGAAAGUGUAAUCAUAGUGCUUUAACCCUUGUUUUCGGUGAAGGGGUGCUAAGCGACACUUGAUCCAACAAGUGCGAGAGAAGAGACAAGUGCGAAAUCAAUCAAAGGAGGCACUGUGAAGUGAUCAAUCAACACGAAAGAGUUGGAUAGCAGUUGUGCAGCCUACAUGUAGUAGAUUGGAUUGACUACAAUAUAAUACGGAAGAGGAUUACAAUUCACAUCGAAGUGAAGAAGAAAUGCUGCAACAAGGAUACUAUGAUGUAGUGCAGACCCAUUCUGAAGUAUCGUCGGGAAGUGAAUCGAAUAAUAACACACCAUUUUCGGUAAAGGAUAUACUCAAUCUAGUGGAUCAGAACGCCGCGGCGGCAGCUGCUGCUGCAGCAGAAGCCGAUUAUCUGGGCUGUACGAUGGAGAGUUCACCGGUAUCGCAUUUGAAUUUAUCGUACCCAGGAUACGAUGCUGGAUACCCGCCUCACAAUGACCCCUAUCAGAUGAUACCACACGGGUACAUUCCUGCAUCACACCAUCAUCAUGACUACAGUAGCUACAGCGCCUCGCCCACCACCUGCUACGACUACAACACCUCGGCAGUCCCACCACCGCACUAUCACCAUCAUUCGUUACCAUCCUACGGUUCCUAUCAUCAUCAUGCAUCUCCGAUGAUUAACGCCACUUCUGGCGGUAUGAGUUCCGGGAGCAGCCAUUCAGAUCUCGAACUUUCCUUGGGUGUGGUUGUUGACUCGAAGGACUGCAGCUUCCAAAUCGAAGAUGUCCGAUCUACGCACCCGGCAGCUAUCAGUGGAAUUGAACUAGAUACCAAUUCGGUCAAUACCGAAUCACCGUUGAACGAUGUAACACAGAGUAGUCCACAGGCAUCCGUGCCAAAAAUAAAGGACGAUGCCACUUACCGCACAACUCAAAGCAGUACUAGCCGUGUAACAUCUGAGCAUGUUCAGGAACUUGAUAGCCUUUGUCAGAUGAGUACAAGUGAAGAAAAAUUGACACCCAAAGAAUGCAGCACCCAACUAGUAACUUCCUCCCGGUGUGAGCUUCGCAAAAAUGGCAAGCUCCGAGCGAAACGGAAACCACGCAUCCUGUUUUCCCAAGGCCAAGUGCUAGAGUUAGAACGAAGGUUUCGUCAGCAGCGGUAUCUUUCGGCACCGGAACGAGAAACGCUGGCCGGAAUACUAAAGCUGACACCCACGCAGGUCAAAAUUUGGUUCCAGAAUCGACGCUACAAAUCGAAGCGGAUUCAAAUUGAGAAUGCAACCGCAGCCAAGGAGGCGGCCAGCAAGGAGGCCGAGAAGAGCAAGAGUACGUCCGCUGAGUUCAUUGACGAUCCGGUUGGAGGAUAUUCGAACGGAUUUGGUUCGAUGAAUUCGAUCGCUGCCGUUGUCCCACCAGCACCACCUCCGCCACCGUACCCUGCCUAUGGAAUUCAGUACAGCAGUGACCAGUAUGGAGCGCCUCCGAAUCCGUACUAUGAUCAGAAAAGUUAUUGGUAGGGGGAGGAGGUAAGCUUUAGGUUGUGUGUACAAAAUGACUUUAAUUGAUUACCAAAGAGCUAGGAAAAUGUCAUCAUCAACAGUAGAGUCUAGGGUAAAUGUAGAUAGACAAGACAAUAAACAUAGAUGAAUAUUGAAUGCGGUGUUGAACUAUAUGAAGAGAAAUACGAUAGCGGGGGCUAUAUGACAGCAAUGCAUAAAUAUUUGGGUCACGUCAUUCGUUCGAGGAAGAAUGAAAUUGGAUCAGUUUGUGUACAUCCAUGUGGGUGUAGUGUUCUUUAUCA